CCCAGUCCCAGUUCUUUGCUUGACAACACCGAAUACCGUCACCGAUUACGACACGACAAUUUCGAUUCCCUCCUUCCGAACCGACUUACAAGACCAAACACCCACCAAAAGAAACCGAACGAGCGCAGACAUGGUGCAAAUCAGCGAGGUCAAGGGCAACAGCCGCGACAAUCGCACGGCCGCCCACACCCACAUCAAGGGCCUCGGCCUCAACUCCCAGGGAAUCGCAGAGAAGCAGGCCUCGGGCUUCGUUGGCCAGACCACGGCGCGUGAGGCAUGCGGUGUCGUCGUCGACCUCAUCAAGGCACACAAGAUGGCCGGCCGGGGCGUCCUGCUAGCAGGCGGGCCCGGCACCGGCAAGACGGCGCUCGCGCUCGCCAUCAGCCAGGAACUCGGCACCAAGAUUCCCUUUUGCCCCAUCACGGGCAGCGAAAUCUACUCGACCGAAGUCAAGAAGACCGAGGUGCUCAUGGAGAAUUUCCGGCGCGCCAUCGGCCUCAAAGUGCGCGAGACCAAGGAGGUGUACGAGGGCGAGGUGACGGAGCUGACGCCCGAGGAGGCCGAGAACCCGCUCGGCGGCUACGGCAAGACCAUCACCACGCUGCUGAUUGGGCUCAAGAGCGCAAAGGGCCAGAAGAAGCUGCGUCUGGACCCGAGCAUCUACGAGGCUAUCCAGAAGGAGCGGGUCACGGUCGGCGACGUCAUUUACAUUGAGGCCAACACGGGCGCCUGCAAGCGCGUCGGCCGCUCCGAUGCCUACGCUACCGAGUUCGACCUCGAGGCGGAGGAGUACGUGCCUAUCCCCAAGGGCGAGGUGCACAAGAAGAAGGAGAUUGUGCAGGAUGUGUCGCUGCAUGAUCUCGAUGUCGCCAAUGCCCGUCCCCAGGGCGGUCAGGAUAUCAUGUCCAUGAUGGGCCAGCUGAUGAAGCCCAAGAUGACGGAGAUCACGGACAAGUUGCGUUCGGAGAUCAACAAGGUGGUCAGCAAGUACAUUGACCAGGGUGUGGCCGAGCUGGUUCCUGGCGUGCUGUUUAUUGACGAGGCCCACAUGCUGGACGUAGAGUGCUUCACCUACCUGAACAAAGCGCUCGAGUCGCCCAUCUCCCCCAUUGUCGUGCUGGCUUCCAACCGGGGCAUGACCGGCAUCCGCGGUGCCGAGGAUCUCGUUGCCGCCCACGGCAUCCCGCCCGACUUCCUCAGUCGUCUGCUCAUCAUCCCCACCACCGCCUACGACCCGGAGGAGAUCAAGAGGAUCGUCAAGAUCCGCUCGACAACCGAGGGCGUCAAGAUCACAGAGGCUGCUAUUGACCAGAUUGCGGAGCACGGUGUGCGCAUUUCGCUUAGAUACUGUCUCCAGCUGUUGACUCCUGCGAGCAUUCUGGCCAAGGUCAAUGGUCGCAACGAGAUCGACGUCCAGGAUGUCGCCGAGUGCGAGGACCUCUUCCUUGAUGCUCGUCGCAGCGCCGCCCUACUAAGCAGCGAGCAGGGUCAGGAGUUUAUUUGUUGAUCAUCAGCUGUUGUUGUUGUUUUCUGGUAGUGUUCGUUACGUCAACUCGUCGUAUCUCACAAGAAGCAAUUUGAUAGAUGAGCACGGCAGGGGUGUGUUGUUUAAACAGGUCGGUUUGGCGGGGUUUAAAAAGAGAGAUACUUUUUUUUUU